AUGGCAGACGCAGAGUUAGAGGAGAUCAGGCGAGCUCGUUUGGCACAACUUCAACAAGGCGGUCCUCGUGGAGGACCAAGUCAAGACAGUGGUCAAGAUGAACAGAGAAGGCAAGCUGAAUCGGAACGGCGUGCCGCCAUAUUGAACCAGAUUCUCGACCCCGCGGCCGCUGAUCGUCUUGGCCGCAUCCGCCUCGUCAAGGAAUCCCGUGCAGUCGAUAUCGAGAACAGACUCCUCAUGCUGGCGCAGACAGGUCAGUUGCGCCAAAAAGUUACCGAGGAACAACUUAAGGAGCUCUUGAAUGCCGUCGCAGAGAAUCAGCGCAAGGAGGAAGAAGAGCAGAAGAUCGUGAUUACUCGGCGAAGAGGCGGCUGGGAUGAUGAUGAGGAUGAUCUGCUUGACUUGUAA